CCGUGGUCGCCACUCGAGAUUGUUAUUGGUUUAUUUACUUAGGUAUUUUAUACGGCAAUCAAAACUAAUACUUCACGCGUCAAAUUAUAUUAUUUCCAUUCAUUUAUCUAACGUAAUUUAAUCUUAUGUCUGAAGGUUGGGUUGUAUCACGAGAAUUUUGUGAGUGCACGCGUAUCAGUCAAGUUGGUCAAUCCUAGCCUUGUCAAAACAAAUAGACCCAUAAUUUCAAAAUGCCGAUAAGAUAUAAAACGUAAGCGAUAUGGAAAAUAUAUGGGUUUUCAUUGCAGCACAUAAAACUGCAGAAUGUAGCGGGAUGUAGUUUGAUUUACAAUGUUCCUUUUUCUUCUGCUUGCGCUGUGGACGGCUCAUCAAACUCAAGCCCAUUUGACAUACCCCAUAGUGUACUGCAACAUGGCGUCCACGUGUAUCCACGACAACCGCAUGGUGUGUGCGUCCACCAUGGACGGAUGCAGCCGCCGCACCUUCCUUGACCAAUGCGAUAUGUAUGAGUACAACUGCGACUAUGGCACACGAUAUCAAGAAACAUACAGACUUUUAUGUUCAGUACAAUAUGAUGAAAACGGUUUUCCUCAGGCCACGACUAUGAAAGAGUCGUGUCGAAAUAAAACGAGCGAAGUCCCAACCAAAUCUUCUAAAUGUUGCGACAGACCUCAAACCUGGGAAACAACAACAGAAGGAGAAGUAAAAACUUAUACAAUACCCAAAUCGAGUGAUAGUACAACGCCAAGUAGACCCACUGCGACUUCUAAACGAUCGAGUGUUAGUACAACUCCAAGACCACUCACUACGACUUGUAAACAAUAUCAUAUAGAUAUAAAUGAUUUUAUUACUACUAGUUUGGAUACAAGUACUAACGUGAUAAGCACCACUGCCUCUCCAAAGAACGAAGAGAAGCCAAUCAGUAGCGAUUCUUCAUACUUGUCUGAUGAUAACAUUUACAUCAGCGAUUCCAGUCCAAAAGUUAUUCCAAUUAUAAGUAAAGAAGCUAGAAGCACUACAAGUAAAAAAGAAAAGGUUAAAAAAAGUACCACAUCAGUUGAAAGUGAAACGACAAUGUCUGUUAUAAAUAAAAAGACUACACUUAAGGCGAAAGAUUUCCCUUCCAAGAUUAUUUUGACUCAUAAAAUAACGAACUCUAUGAAGUAUAGUCAGUCCCAAAGUUGGUGGUACCCAACAGUCUGCAACUCCAAGAGAUGUCAACGCCCUGUUACAUGGGAAACGACAAUGAGACGUAAGAAAUAUCACGGACAUCAUUGAGAAGCAAUGUAAUAUUUUGUAAUAAACUAAAAUAUCA